CUGGGUAGCCUUUUUUAUGCAUCAAAAAAGGUCAACAGCCCGUGGUCAUUGAAAUGCUCUUUAUAUUCUUUAUCUUUGGAAUCCUCGCAACAGGAAAGGGAAAAAUGACUUAAUGUAGCUUUAAUAACUGAGACAUACUGAAAGGAUUCUUUUCCAAAACUGCUUCUUGGCUCCUUUAGUGACGAAACCAAGCUGUAAUUUGAGAACAGAUACCUCUUCUAAAGCAUAUCAUUAGCCAGAAAGCAGAGCACUGCAUUAGCAGUCCAGAUGUAGACACAGUGCAGUAGCAAACAGCACUACACAGACAGCAAGCACUCUCAGCACAGACUUGCUAUGUUCCUCCUGCUACUUCCAAAAGAAGACAUAACAGAUUGAUAUGUUUACAUAUGAGCCCUUCUCCAUCUUCCCAGUGUCUCUCUUCCACAUUGAAAGCAGACAAUAUUUUGUCUGCACAGCUAGGAAGACUUGAUCCAGACCGUUCCUGCACAUUACAGACUCACAAGCACCUGGAUGUACCGAAAGACAAUUUGUCACUCUAUAAUGCAAAUCUCAUCAGCUUGUGGAAUAUAAAGUGUGGAUCCAACAGCCAAGAAGGAUUUUUGGACUGGUUUAUUACUUAGGAGAAGGAGAGAUCAUUUUAUAGGUUCAGAACACACUGAAGACUAUCUCGUUUCACGAUGACAGGACUUAACCUUUUCUGGUUUGGGAUUCUUUUCAGCCUGUGCAAUGCUUACUAUGAUGGACCUCUCUACCCUGAAAUGUCCAAUGGGAGUCUCCACCAUUACUUUGUUCCCGAUGGAGACUAUGAGGAGAACGAUGACCCUGAAAAAUGCCAGAUGUUAUUCAAGGUGACAGAUGAGAGGGCCUGUGCUUAUGGGGAUGGCGCACCUCUCUCACUAAAGGAUGAAUUUAUAAUCAUUAAAAGGCAAAUUGAGGAUGCACAGAGGGUUAUUGAGAGCAUCGGGAAGAGCAUAUCGUAUGACCUUGAUGGAGAAGACAGCUAUGGAAAGUAUCUAGGAAGGGAAUCUUCUCAGAUCAGUGAAUCCUUCAGCAACUCAGACAAGUCUCUGUCAGAGCUGGAAGUUAAGUUUCAACAGAGCCAGGACAAUGAGAGAAAUGAAAUCAAGGGGUUAAACGAUAACUUUAUCGCUAUGAUGAUUCACACAAGAGCUGUGCUCAAAGAAACAAUAGAUAUCUCUUCAGGACUGAGGGAUAGAUAUGAACUGCUUUCUUUAACCAUUAGAAGUCAUGGUACUAGACUAAGCAGAAUGAAAAAUGAGUAUUUAAAGGUUUGACACCUUUUAUUUUCAAUCUACCUAAGUGCAAUUUAUGCAAAUCAUCCUUGUAGAUUUUCAUGUACAGGAGAACUUUCCCAUGUUAAUGAGUGUGUACAAAACCAGGUACAUGGAAUGCCCUUGCUGUGCCAGUAGGUACAGAGUAACCGUUCUGCGGUUCUACUAAAUGACUGUGCCAUGGGGAAGUUAAAUGCAUUGGAAACCAUUGAAUGCAUUGUUUUUAAUAUUUAAAUAGCUACACUCUGUCAACAUUUUGGUUGAUUCUUAAAUUGUUUUUAACCUAUUGACUGCUGUGGGGUCCAUGAAUCGACUUGCUUUACAUAUUCCACAUGCAAUUAAUGGGUUAACACUAUUUACAGAGAACAUAUCAUUUUGUCUUAAAACCAGUAUUGUGAUUUAACACACUCAUGGACAUAGUGAUGCAAUGUACACCAGGGUAUAUUAUUUAUUUUAUUGAAUUGCUGCAUCCUUCUAAAAUGACUAUUUUGUACAUACUAAGUAUAUUGCUAUAAAUCAGUUUUGAGCGUAUGUCUUUUUAACUCCUAACAUACAUAUAUGCUUACACUGCUAGAGUUUAAAACCUCAUUUAAUAUAAAUUGAAAAAAUAUAUGACAUUUAAAAGUUAUACCUGAUGUUGCCUGAACUAUAUUUUUUAAACUUCAGAUUUUAUUUUUUGAAGAAUUGAGAAGGUAUAAGUUUUAUAUUAAGUAGCUAAAAUAUUACCAUAUCAGAUAGUGAUAACAGUAUAAAAAGUUAUAAAUAAGAAAACAGUUGUAAAUAUGAAUAUACUUUAAUCAUUUGACAAGGGAAUGGCAAAUUUCAGUCUUAACCAGACAAGCUGAUGAAUUGUUCAGAUGGAUUUUUUUCUUCAUUAUUUUGAACAAAAAUUUGCAAUUCCCUAGUCAAUUUUCUCGAAUUCCUGGUUUCCUGUCGUAGUUAAGACAUGUCUUAAACAUGGACAGUCUUUGUUCAAUCAAAUGAAUGACACAGAGCAAAACUAUGAAGUUAAUCCUUGGAGAAGGUCCUCCAAGGUAUGAAUGAUGAGUAAAGCACUUUCGAAAACCUCACAAUUAAAAAAAAAUAUUAUGGGGGUGAUCAGUGCCCUCUUAGAAUAUCUGAUGGGAAGAAACGGUGUAUUCACUAGAGUGGUUUUGGCGAAAAACUGACAAGGAAAGUGCAAGUUGUAUGGUACAGAACUGAGCUGGACAAGUAACUAAGUGAUUUUUAUCCAUGAAUAUUAUGGCAUAAAAUCUUAAAUUUUCUUUUUUUUCAGUUCACUUAAUCCCAAAUUAAGUCUGUAAACCACAAAGGGGUUAACAGACAAUGUUGUUGUUUUUUUUCAAUUGUGCAAUGUGUUAAGCUAGAGAUUUAUAAAGAAUGAGAUGAUAGACAGAGAGACACACAGACACAAUUUUUAAAAUAAUUUUUUGAGCUGUUCAUAAACCAGAUACUCAUGCUACAAUUAGGAGCGGUUUAUUUAGGAAUCUCUGGUUUAAAUGUAGUAUCUGAUACCUGAUCCUCACACCCUGGGAUUAGUAUAGCGUUUUUCACCCAUUGCAUUUGACAAGUAUUUUUUAAGAAGGUUACCAUAUUGCAUAAUGCGUAUUCGUAAGAAGUUCAUAUAUUCCACUUUUAUUGGCUAUUAAAGAAAGUAAGUAAGUCAUAAACUUUAUACAACCACAUGAGUCAUUUACAAUAGAUUACUGUCUGUUAGGGAUUGCCGACAGGAACAUUGGGGAGUCUUAUCCCGCAGUUUAUAGACUCUAUGAGAUUUCAAAAUGUGAUGCCGUCUGACUUGGUUUUUUAAAGUGUCCUCUUUAUAGAGGAAAUAUAUGUGGCUGAGAGUGAUAAGAGUGAAUGUACAGUCAGAGCUCUCAUGCAGCAAAUACAAGAAAACAAAUUCGGUGAGAAGAGAAGGUGUUUGACAAUGUGAAACCACCAUAGCUGUUAAUCUGCAACUCCCAUUAGUCACAGCCAUGCAAGCAGUGGCAGAGGGUAAUAGUAGUUGAGUUUUUUGGCACAAUAUGUUGCUGAAGAUCCGUCCCUGGGUAUAACGGUAUCUUUAUUAGCCUUUUUCCAAGAGUGAUGUGUCAAAUGUGCUUCCACGAUUGUUACUGUUUGCUGUUCCUUUUUGUACAACCAAACUAGUUUCAUCUGUUCAACGUGACUCCCCAUUGACACACUUGGGUUUUGUCAAAGUUUGAAUCUGAGUUGCAGGGAUUUCACUCCAAUCUUUGUAUCGCAGGCUGAAUGAGCAGCUUAAACUCAUGCUGACUGAUGUGGAGAAUUGAGCUAAACAUUGUUUAAAAGGGUACUCAAAGCACUUGAAGCAGCCGGUUAUUGUGGUUAUUGUUCCGGGAGUUCCCUGGCACCAUCUCACCAAAACCUGUCAAACCAUUUCAGCAUGACUGAAGACUUAGUCUUAGAUACUUGGGUAUCCAUAUUGAUUCUGGUUUAAUAAAGCAAUAGUAGCCAAUGUCAAUUUUGUGCAAGAUGGUACUCAUUGAUUGGCUGAGAUUGUAAGCUGAGCACUAUCAGCCAGUAAACAAUUUCCUAUCUUGCACUAAAUCCACAUCAGGUUUCUACAGCUCAAGAAAACAGGAAGCAGCUAAAACAGUUCAGCAGGUUAUGGCGAGGCAGUGUCAGCACAUUCCAGGCACCAUAACCAGGACCAUCGUCUGUAAUAUAGGGGUAUCAAUGUAGUACAGCAGUGGUUGGGCUACAAACCCUAAAAUGUUCAUCCUUCCAAUAGAUGGCUGAGUAUUUUCAGAAAGGUCAAACACCCCUGAUCUAUCAAAGUCACUUUUGCAAUUACUUGCACUUACUUAAAGGAACACUAUAUGGUCAGGAACACAAACAUGUAUUCCUGACCCUAUAGUGUUAAAACCACCAUCUAGCCCCCCUGGGCCCCUCAUGCCUCCCUAAAUAUAGCAAAAUUGUACUUGUAUUCAAGCCUGAAGCUGUAGCUUUGCAUACUGUUAGACUCAGCCUCAGAAAAACAAGCUGUCUGCUGACAUCAUCAGAAGUGGUGGCCUGAUUCAAUCACAGUGCUUCUCCAUAGGAUUGGCUGAGACUGACAAGGAGGCAAAUCAGGGGCAGAGCCAGCACAAUUCAAACACAGCCCUGGCCAAUCAGCAUCUCCUCAUAGAGAGGAAUUGAAUCAAUAAAUCUCUAUAAGGAAAGUUCAGUGUCUGCAUGCAGACGGAGGAGACACUAAAUGUUUGGAUGCAUUUUAGGCAUCCAUGACCCAGGAAGGAUCUCUAACAGCCAUCAAAGGAGUGGCCAGUGAAGUUAUCACUAGGCUGUAAUGUAAACACUGCAUUUUCUCUGAAAAGACAGUGUUUACAGCAAAAAGCCUAAAGGUAAUGAUUCUACUCACCAGAACAAAUUCAAUAAGCUGUAGUUGUCCUGGUGACUAUAGUGUCCCUUUAAGGGUGCACAACCCAUUUACAUGUAUUCACACUCAUAUUUCUAUAAAGAAUGUUGUCCUUAAAGGAAACUGUAGUGGUUAUGGUUUAAGUUGUCAAACUGUUUUAGAGCCACUCCCCACCUCCACUAACGCUAAUGGUGGGCUUGAAGCUCUUUGUGUGAGUUAAGCCCUGUAGGACUUGCAGGACCUUCAAGCUCGUCAAUAGUGGAGAUGUGGAGCUGAACUUGGUGAAUCCCAAGUAAGAAGUCAAAGCAUUCUAAAAUGCUUCUACUUAUAAUGAGGGUGCCAGGCCACUCCUGGCUCCAUAACCACCACAGCACGCUAUAGCAGCUAUGAUGUCUGGGAUGUUCCUUAAAAAUAUAUUUAAGAAAAAUAAUGCAUCAUGCUUAAAGUUAUAUAUUAUAUAUAAAACUUAAUUUAACCCGUUUGUAUUGAAAAAGAAUUAAGUUGUUAUAUUAUGUACUUGUACAGAAUUUACACCAACAACGUGUUAUUAAAUUCUUCAUAUAUUGUAUUUCCUACGAUGCACAUGUCCCUGAAGUUAGUUUUUAUUCUCAUUGAGACCAAUGAUUCCGUCCCCUUUUUGCCUCCCUUUCAUUCUGUUGGUAGACAAUGACAUUGACAAUGACCCCUGAGGACUGGCAGAGAAUUCUAAAAAAAAAAUUACUUUUACAUCAGCUAUUUGACUAAGUAUGGGCACUAAAAUGCCUUGUGCUAGUGUGAAUUCUGUGAAGUUUGCAAAGAUCACAAAAGGUGGCAUCAUUCUCUUGGUGUGCAGCAACCCGCAGGGGUACAGCUGAAAGUAGAUACUCACAAUCUGUUAAACUGCCCUAUUCCCACAAUCAUUGCUAGCGACAGUUGUGGACACUGACAAAAUGCAAUGCCUUUUGUAAAGUUGUGUUAACCUGGGGUAUGUCUAUAAGGCAAAGUAGUCACUACUUUGCCUAAUGAUAACUUUUGACUAUGUUGGAAUUUCCAUGAAAUCCCACUGCAGUCAUCAUCAGUAAUUCCGAAAGAUCAGAUCUGUCUUUAUGGAAUACUCAUAAUCAACAGCACCAUGACAUUUUAUCUUCCUUUCUCUGGCCUAACUGUUAGCCCAGAAGGUACUGGGGUGUGGAAUAAUUGAUGGUCUUCAACGAGUAAUGCAGAGCAGAACCACGUGAGAAGGAAGGAGAAGAUCUGUCCCAAUAGUUCCUGCACUUUAUGACUUGUAAAUUGAAGUUAUCACCAAAAUCUCUUUUCCAGCUAAAGACAGUAAAUGUCUAAAAACAUAGAAAGAAAUUUCCCAUGGACAUUGAAAGAGUGUAAAGGCAGCCUCGGAUGAAACCUCAAUCUCAAGGUAACUAGAAUUAAUAGCAUGAUAUAGUUCCUUAUUAGUAACUGUUCUCAUUUCCAGGGUCUGUUCAGUAAAUUACACUUUUUUGUUUUCCAAGUGUUCAUUUAUUUUUGUCCUACUCACAUUACUGUAAACAUCUCUAAAAUUGUCUAAAAUGUCUAAAUUGUGUAAAUUAGUCUUGAAUGUAACUUCAGUAUCAAAUUCUAAUGGAAGUGAGAGUGAUUUAAACUUAGCGGGAACUGAAAUCAGCAGAUAGACAACUAGCUAGGCUCAAAGCAAGUUCUUUAACCACUUUUUUUUUAACUGAGUUACUGAACAAACACCUUAGAAGUAAAAAGUUAUGCAAAAGCACCAAUAAUAUUCUUUUGAUUUUGGCUGCCUUGAGUCUAUGGUUUUAUUGGAGACUACAUUUACAAUGUUUCCAUGUCUUAGUAAAACCUUAUAUCACUUUCAAGCAGAGGAUUAUUUAAAAUAUAAAAAAGAAUCAUUGUGAAAAGAUGAAAAAAAUUACAUCUGUUCUGUCGCUGAAUUCUGAUUCCACUGACGCAUGCUGUCUACAUAAAUCUAUGGUGGUCAGAUUGUGACUCCCCAGCUGUUGUUGAAUUAUAACUCACAGUAGUACCAAAGCUGAUGGGGUUAUUUUUUCAACUAAAGCUUGAGAGACCUAAUGUGUCUAACCUUGUUGUAAAUCAUAAACUGUCCGGUUUCACUUUAUUUCUACUUUUGCUGGCUUGAGUAUUAUGACUGUAUUUGUUAUUAAAGACAAAGGCAAAAGUGUUGGAAGUGUUAAAAAAAAUCCAGGUCCGACUAAUUCAUCAAUGUGUUAGAUCAAAAAAGUUGUUUCUUACAAAGACUGACUGUAAGGUCAUCAAAUAGUGUAAGGGCAUGACCACAGCAUGAGUUAUUCACAAUAAAAAUUACAAUGAUAAUAAUUUAUCUGGUAAUUAAUCUGACUGUUUUCUUAUAGUGGAAAAUUACAACAUAAUUAAGUAUAUUAAUAUAAUGAAAAAUUGCAUUUUACUUGCCGUUGAGAUGUGUAGAGGUACAAAAAGGACUAUACUGUUUACCAUUUGCUUACUUAUCAGUGACUCUUCAGAGAAUAUCAUUCUUAAAGUUCUCCUAUUGUCUUCCCUUGAAUGAGGAUACCUCUUGACCUUCUGACUAGCUCAUGGAAUUUCUGUUUCUAUAUUGACGUUCCAUGAUCUUUAAAAACAUUUUGUACAGAACCCAUCAAGCCUGUAAAGUCUGUAGGUCAUACUGUAUAAAAUUAAUUAAAUAAGGUGUGGUCCCUCUUAAUUUAAGCUACUGAAUCGCAUAUGGCCUUUGCAGUAGUCAGUUGGAGGACACACGCACAGGUACGCAGAAAGAGAAGCUUGUUAUGUUUCAUUAUAAGAUGUUAAGAUUCUGUUCUGGUGCUAAUUGGCCCACUAUGAUAUCAAUGUAUCUGUGAAUAGUGCGUGAACCCCGAAUCUCUUGAAAUCAGUAGAUGAUUGAUUGAAUAAUUAGUGCCUAAAUCACUCCAGGAAAGCUACCUAUCUAAUUAUACCAAAUGUGUCAAAAAAUGUUCCAUCAGAGUUUCACUACAAAGUGAUCCACUACCGGCUGUGAUAAUUCUAAGUGCAUAUAUGCUGUUGGUACACGAGCUAUUUUUGGAUGUGCUUUAAGAAAACAUCUUUAAAUAAACAAUAAGUCUUGUGCAAAUACAAAAGAGGAUUAAAUGAGUAGGAUAUAUUUAAGACUUAUUGAUAAGGCUGACUACUGAUCUCGAAAUAUCAGAAACUCAAUAGCCCUUAUGUAACCUUUCAAUACAUAGGGUGACCUGGAUAAAAAUAACCUCAAGCAGGUAAGUGUGAAUAACUGGCGACCCAUAACUUGUGGUAUGGCCUGUUUAUAGUAACACAUUUGUUUUUUAGAAGGGUUACUCCAAGCACCAUGAUGUGUGUGCAGGGUCUUGCUUUAAAAUAUUGCACGUAAGGAACUUAACCUCUUUGCUACGGGAGGGCAGCAUUGUAGGGCCGUCAUUAGUAUGUCAGGCUGGCUUAUGUUGGUUUUGUGCAUAUCCCUAAGCACUGAAUUGCAUGCAUUGGCUGAGAGUGGUUACUUGGUGCUAUCAGCCAAUGGAUGGUGUUCAGGAUCGACUACCAGCUUCUGUAGUUCUGCAAAAGCUGGAUGGCAUCACUGGUGACCAAGGUAAAAGGGCAAACCAUUGCAAAACAGUUUGCUCCAUUAUUGGGAAAUGAGGCAUUACAGUGGGCUGUAGUGGUUAUGAUGCUUGGAGUAACCCUUUAAUAGGACAGUGGCUAAGAACAUUCCCCCUACAGAGCUUGUUAGCAGCAUGAUGAUGUACUGGGUAUUUUGUCAGGCAUGAUAGUGCUUCCAUAAUUGGAAAUAAGAUACAAAUUAAUCACCUCCAUAGUUUACACCUCAAGAAAUGACAAUCACAACAGAACAGUUUAUCCUCCUAACUAUUCAAAGGGCCUUCCUUGCACAAUAAUGGAUUGCCUCCUAAAAGUAUCCUUAGGGAAACACUGUUUAUAAUUAUUGCCUAAAGCUACAUUGCUAAAUCCUCCAGUUAUGAUGUAAAAAAGAAAACACACUUUUGUUAAACAGUUAUAUUUUCUCUAGUCCACCAAGGUGUUAUGUUGUAAAGUGUUGAGCAGAGGGUCCACAAAAGCCACUUUCCAGGAAUGGUUAUUUAAUAUUUGUACUCUAGAAUAAUUAGUAUUACAUCAUCUACAUGUAAAAUCAUUAUUGCCAAUUGCACAAAGGAGGUUUUUUUUUCUAUUUAUAGCAGCAUGCAUUUGAUCAAUGCCAUUACCAAGGAUGCCAUUGGAUGAACAGCUCAACUUCAGAUAAAUCAAUUCAUAGCUGUCACGGCCCCCGGCUCGCCGCCAUGUGCGUCCGUGCCCAACCGGCACGACAGCACCAACUCACUGAGCUUACCUGCUUAGCGGCGACCCGGGAACCGUUCCUCCACGCCACUCGGGGAAAUCCAAGAUGGCGGCGACCCUGAGGUCGCGUCCAUCUAUGGCUCCAUCCCCAUAAAUUAUACGAACGUGCGCGUGACAUCACAACAUCAACGCAUGCGCACGUUCUGGGGUCAGAGGUCACCCUCUGACCAAUCAGAGCCUAGAGAGGGAUAUUUAAAUCCCUAAUUCACCCCAGUACCUUGCCCUGUCGUGGUUUCCUGCUCCUGGUUCCCUAGAGUGCGUUUAUCUUUGUAAAUAUUACUUCCUGGUAUCCUGAUCUUGGCUUUUCCCUGGUUAUUUCGAAUUCUGGUUCUCCUGACUUGGCUUGUUUAAAUGGUAUCUGAGUAUUUCUGGCUUCCUUGACCUCGGCUUUCCCUUUGACCAUUCUCUAUCUCUAGCGUAUUAGUCCUUUCCUUUUGUAUGUAUAUGUUUACAUAGUUUCUGCGUGUUGGACCACACUAGCAGCCGUGACAAUAGCAUUUGUAUGCAAAAUAACCAUUGAAUUAUAACUGUGCAAUGCCUGGCUUCUUAGAUGGUAUUUAAGAGUGUGUCUGGAGGUAGUUACAAUACCUCAAGCUAUCAGAAUAAGGUGGGUGUCUUCUAAAGAGAAUUACUCACAAUUACUACUUAAAGACCUCAUAUGCUGAAGAAGCAAGGGCCACUGCAAAGGAUAUAUUUUUUUUUUACACAUCUACUAGUAUAAAAUGAAAUCCUGUUCCAAUAAUUACAUUUCCUUCAAAGUAAUGCAUGUCGGUCACAGGUUCAAAUCCCAGCAGGUAUGACUCAGUCCAUCAUCCUUUGAGGUAGAUAAAAUGAGUACCAUUAAACUGAGUAACAAACCCUGGAUGUUUAGCAGGACGUACUUAAAAACCAAAGUAAUCUGAACGUACCUUUCCUGGCUAGAUACUUUAUUAUUAUUAUUAUUCAGAAGCUAUUCUAACUCGUUUGGGGAUUAUACUGAUUGGGAGGGCAGGGGGCUACAAAAUCAGCCAAUCACUGGUAGAAAUAAAAGUCCCCUCAACAAACCCCCUCAGAAACCGACCACUUUUCUUGAGGACCUAAAAUGCAGACAGAAGACCUGCUAGUUCGUGUCUGAGUUUUGGGUUUUCAUUCAUAUUUACAGAGUUAGAAAAAAAAAAAAUUACACUAAACAACAAAAUUGUACAUCAUGGUGUCUAAAAGUUCAGACAGUCUAUAAACCCCUUAGAUGAGUGAAAAUACUCAUAAGAGAAGGCAUAGAGCGAAAAAAAAAGUAAUAAAAUAAAAAGUGUCUGUAGAAGUUAUUUGCCAUCUAUAUGUAAUGUAAUCAGUUUCGGUAACAUUUGGUUGCUAUAUUAUGUUGUAUCCAAGUACUUUGAUGUAUAAACACUUUAAGAUGAGCAAUGCUAAAUCAUUCGAGAAGGCAGCAAUAUCAGUGAUAUAAAUCAGUCUAGUAGUAAUUACAUUGUAAGAAACAAAGGAUACUUAGAUGGCUUAGAGACGUUUAAUUAUUUCCCUCCUGUUUUCCCAUGCAUUUAUUUUAGUUAUAAAGACAAUUUUGGAAACAACGUAGUUAAAGAAACUGCUAGAUCUUACCUUAGCUUAACAUAUGAUUUAAACAAAUAUAUUUUAAAAAAUCACUAAUAAGGUAAUACAGUUUUUAUUUUUAACAGAAGGUAAACUUUCAAAUACAUUUUGAAAAAAAAAAUAUUUUAAAGGUUUAAAAAUAUUAAAUAAUUUGAACAGCUUAUCCAAAAAUAUAAAAUAUAAAAAGCCAAUAUUGGUUUUAAAUAAGAUAUAUUUAAAUGUGCCCAUGAAUCCCUGGCCCAAGCAGUACACGGCAUUCAACUAUUCUAGUCACACUUUAAGUAGGACAGUUAAUGGACUUAUUUAACCAAUUACUGUUAACGGGUGUAGUCCCAGAAGAUUGGAAAUUAGUGAAUGUUGUGCCAAUUCACAAGAAAGGUAUUAGGAAGGAGUCGGGCAACUAUAGGGCAGUAAGCCUUACUUCAGUAGUGGGGAAAGUAAUGGAAACCAUGUUAAAGGAUAGGAUUGUUGAACAUCUAAAAUCACAUUGAUUUCAAGAUCAGAGACAACAUGGGUUUACUUGAGAGAGAUCAUGCCAAACUAAGGUUUUUUGAUUGGGUAACUAAAAUAAUAGAUCAGGGUGGUGCAGUAGACAUUGCUUACCUAGAUUUCGGUAAGGCUUUUUACAUGAUUGCACAUAGAAGACGCAUCAAUAAACUGGAGAUAAGGUGAUUGCGCACACAUUGGUAAAUGGUUGUCCUGUUUUUAGUGUACAAUUCCAAGGUUCUGUAAAUAUAAAAAAACAACAUAGGGCAACAUGUUUCAACACAGUAAAUACAAUAAUAAACUUGGAACACUCCAAAUACUCCAAAUAUACUCUUCCCUCUUUCAAAAUGGUGAUUGUAAUGAACUUUCUUAACGAACACUGUUCCUAUGUGGAAACACAUGAACAUUGCCUUCUGAUUGGCAAGAACUUGGAAAACAGGCAUAGAUGCACAAGCUCAUGACCGCCGGAUACAUGACGGACGCAACCGGAAGUGAAAAGUACAUGUGAACGACCGCUAUAUGGAAUAGACAUGCGGCCAUGUUGGGAAGGUCGUGCACAUUUCCAUCUAAGAUAUAACCUCACCGGCCAUGUUGGGUGAGGCGGAACCGCUCUGGAAAUGCUCUGGAUACGCUCCCUAUAUGGAGAAAGGGUGGGGCUGUGUAAUGAACAACCACCUGUUAAUUGCUUUAAUCAUUUUUACCUAUAUAAGAGUAUUUGCUCAUAUGCUGCACUACAUGCACCUGAGGAAGACCUAUUUUAAAAGGUCAAAACGCGCUGUGCUUUUUUAUUUUAUGCUGUCAAAUAAAAGUAUUUACCUUUUAUCUAUCUGGUUCCUGAUUUACUGCACAGAGGAAUUUCAACCCCUUCUGGGGGACCUGACCAUACAUCUAUAUCUACAUCUGAUUGAUGUACCUGCUGUUACAGUUUAGAGCCAACUCAUAUGGGCUCCAAAUAUUUGGAGUAUUCCAAGUUUAUUAUUGUAUUUACUGUAUUGAUACAUAUUGCCCUAUGUUGUUUUUUUUUAAUAUUUAUAGAACCUUGAGAUUGCACACUAAAAGCAAGAAAACCAUUUAGCAAUCUGUGCGCAAUCACCUUAUCUCCAGUUUUAUUCUUUGUAUGUAAGUGUUAUUGUGUUAUUUAGUGACUAAAGACUUGGGUGAUUGUUUGCUGCACUGGGUUUUAUUUCCGAUAUUUUAUUAAAUUUUAGUGCCACCUUUUCUCUGUUUUUCUGUAUCAAUAAACUGCUAUAUUUAAGUUUGGAUUCCAAUAUUGUUGAAUGGGUAAGGCGGUGGCUGAGUGAGAGGAAACAGAGGGUUGUAGUCAAUGGAGUGUAUUCGAAGCAUGGUCUUGUCACCAGUGGGGUACCUCAGGGAUCUGUACUUGGACCCAUUGUCUUUAAUAUUUAUAUUAGUGAUAUUGCAGAAGGUCUUGAUGGUAAAACGUGUAUUUUUGCUGAUGAUACAAAGAUUUGCAAAAGGAAUGAUGUUCCAGGAGGGAUAAGCCAAAUUGUAAAUGGUUUAGGUAAACUAGAAAAAUGAUCAGAGUUGUGGAAACUGACAUUUAAUGUGGAUAAGUGCAAGAUAAUGCAUCUUGGACCUAAAAACCUAAGGGCAGAGUAUAAAAUAUUUGAUACCCUACUUACCUCAACAUCUGAAGAAAGAGAUUUAGGGGUAAUUAUUUUAGAUUACUUAAAAGCUAGGCAGACAAUGUAACAGAGCAACAGGAAAUGCUAGCAGAAUGCUUGGUUGUAUAGGGAGAGGUAUUAGCAGUAGAAAGAGGGAAGUGCUCAUGCCAUUGUACAGAACACUGGUGAGACCUCACUUGGAGUAUUGUACACAGUACUGGAGACCGUAUCUUCAGAAGGAUAUUGAUACCUUAGAGAGAUUUCAGAGAAGGGCUACUAAACUGGUUCAUGGAUUGCGGGAUAAAACUUACCAGGAAAGGUUAAAGGAUCUUAACAUGUAUAGCUUGGAGGAAAGACGAGACAGGGGGGAUAUGAUAGAAACAUUUAAAUAUAUAAAGGGAAUCAACACAGUAAAGGAGGAGACUAUAUUUAAAAGAAGAAAAACUACCACAACAAGAGGACAUAGUCUUAAAUUAGAGGGACAAAGGUUUAAAAAUAAUAUCAGGAAGUAUUACUUUACUGAGAGGGUAGUGGAUGCAUGGAAUAGCCUUCCAGCUGAAGUGGUAGAGGUUAACACAGUAAAGGAGUUUAAGCAUGCGUGGGAUAGGCAUAAGGCUAUCCUAACUAUAAGAGAAGGCCAGGGACUAAUGAAAGUAUUUAGAAAUUUGGGCAGACUAGAUGGGCUGAAUGGUUCUUAUCUGCUGUCACAUUCUAUGUUUCUACAGUCCUGAAUUGAGAAGUACUAUCUCAAAACAAUUUAACAGAUAAUAAUCUAUCAAGUUAGUAGAAUGUGCUCAGAAACGUUUGAGCGUCAAAAGUGAAGAUGGACAAUGUCACCAUCACCAAAAAGACAUAGAGAAAAAAACGAUCACCUCAAUAUUGUCACAAAAAUGUAUGUUGUAUUGCAUUACCCUAAUGUCGUAUAUCCAGCAUUCUAUAUAACCCUAGUCCUAAGACAAACCGUAACUCUAAACGAGUAUUACAGAGUGUACCUACCUAUGUGCCUACCUUAUAGCUUUAACCCCUUAAGGACACAUGACAUGUGUGACAUGUCAUGAUUCCCUUUUAUUCCAGAAGUUUGGUCCUUAAGGGGUUAAAGCUGUAUUACUGGACUGUACCAUUUAUAUGGGGAAUAAUGGAAGGUGAACUAUGCAUGUCUCUGUAGAAUAUGUAUUUGCCAGUGUUAUUCUUACUUUGGAAUGUGAUGAAAUAUCACGCAGAGUGCAUUUCAAUGUGAAUCAUAAGUGAAAAUAUUUAUAUUAUGGAAAUAUUAUUAUAAUAUCACUGGGUGCUUAGAUUAAAGUAUGCGGUUAUCAUCUUUAUAUUAGUUCUGUAACAUUCAGUAAGUUUGGCUUGAUAUAAAAAUAACUGUGAUAGAAUAACUUCAAAUUAGUUAAACAGAAACAAUAUCAAACCAACGAGGCACACAGAAAAAAAAGGGGGAAAAAAAAACCCUUUGUAAAACGCAAAAUGUAUUGCACAAGUUUGCUUCUGGCUGAGAGAUAAUAUUUGGGGUUUUGCUGUGUUAUAAUAUAUAAUGGUAAGAUAGUCACAACUCCGUGUCAAACAGAAUUAAAGCCAACUCAGCCGCACCUCACUCCUUAGCGCCAGUGUCCACAGAAAUCUUUAAAGACAGGAAAGAUAGGACUUAAAGUAUGCCGUAUUGCCAUGCCUUAGAAAGGUAGAGUUCCUUCAUGCUGGAGAUCAUUGAGAUACAAUACCAAGUACAAUAUAUUGGCCUCUGACAAGUAGGAAAGGGAAGAUUCUGAUUUAUGCUGGAAUACCAGCGUAGGGGAGCAAAUGCCCAAAUGCCCUAGAACCCACUUCACCUGUGGGUUCCAUACAUUUAGCAAUUCAGUAUCCGCUAAAGAGGUGUGAGUGAGAACUGUAAUAUUACAUGAAUACAGUAUAAAGAUGACAUGAGGAGAUGGGAUUGGGGGCCAUAUAUCGCCAUAGAGAGAGAGUAUAAUGUCUACAUCUGAAGUCAAUAAAGUUACGUUCACUGCCUGGAAUACGGCGUAGCUCUCCGGUACAGUCAGAUGCAGGGCUGGGAUGUGCAUUGUCCAUUGAUAUAUGAACCCCUUUAUUAUUUAUAUAUUUAUUUAUUUAUCUAUAAAAUAUUUUACCAGGAAAGAUACACUGAGAUUUCUCUUGUUUUCAAGUAUGUCCUGGGUUCAAUUCAUUAAUAGAUUGUUACUGUUACACUAACCCAUUUCCCUUCGAUUACUGGAACAAUCUUAUCAAGACCAUUGUGGCUCAUCCACAAAACAAGUCCAUGUUCUAACAAAGUCUCUCAAUAUCCAACCCAUUUGGGGCUGAUCAAAAAUGUACUAUUAUAAGCACUGUUUACUGAUGAAUGGGAACAUAGAGAAAGAUAUGACCAGAGACAAGAGAUAGACAAUAUACGAUGGACAUUCAGUGUGUAGCAGGCAUCAUAAUGCUGUUUGUUCCUAGCAGCCCAGAUACAUUGUUUAAGAACUACUUAGCAAAACAUAGAUUGAAAUAAAUGGAUAAAAUUUCAGAUUCAGUAGAUUUGGAGAUUUUUUUGUAGCUUUACCAUUUAACCUAACUUUUCAUGCAAUUCAAGCAAAUCUUUAGUACAUGGAACCUUAUAGCUAACUAACGAAUUGGGAAUAAUCUGAUCCAUUCAAUCAGGUCUGGGAGUUUCCAUUAUUUGAAAAAUACCAAAGAUAAAGAGACGUUGUAACACAUUUAUUCCCCAGUUACAUAAUUAGAGAACACCAGUCAUGUAGGAAUUUAAAGGGGAUUGACACUUUUCUGGAAUUUGUACCAUUGAAUAAAACAUUAAAAGAUACACAUAAUUUGUGUUAACCAUUUUUAAUGAAAUGCUCUUUUUCUUCAAAUAAAAAAGUAGCAAAUUACAUUAUAAUCGAGUUCAGACAAGGCAAAGCCAGGGCAAGUUGGAUUGUGACAAUUUCCAUAUCUUUAAUAUAUAAUGAAAAGAAAAUGUUACAUUAUAUUCAUAGGUUAAAACAUGUUACAGGAGAUUUCCAAUGUUUUAAUAUUAUUAUAAGGAGUCAUUGAAAAAAUGAUAGAGAAGCAAUACGUAUAUUAUUUUAUCUAUACAUAUCCUAGUGAUUUCAUUAGCACGAUGUCAAAAUUAAACCUGCGUGCCUAUCUGAAGAAUAAGCUUUGCCUUCCACUAAAUAAACGCGCGUCCGCUUUAAAUCAGUAAAUAUUAGAACAAAGGAUUUUACAGUUGCAGACAGCUGGGGAUUCUCAUUUGACAAGUGAUUUAAUGGAACAUUAAAGAAAUGUCACGCUCAAUAUGGAAUUUACACUUAGACCAUUCUACAGCUCACUGAGUUACUGACACUAUCCAGGAAAAGAAAGGGAAGGUUUUACAUCCCUGGAAAUAAAAGGACCGAGAUAAAAGUGUGACCCAGCACUACAAUAAAGUAAUCUCAUGCAGGUUCUUUAAUUCUAAUAACUUGAAUACAUUCAGCUAAGCAAUCUCGAAUGUGGCUUGUUUCUAAACGCCUAAUGACUAGUUCAGCAUAAUAUAUACCUAUACUAUUUUAAUGAGCUAUUAAUUAUUUUUAAAUCUUGAUUUACUCUGUGAGAAGCCAGUAUAGUUGAACCAGAACACAUAAUGUGCUACCACUAAGCAGGGUUAUUUCCGAAAGUGAGAUUUCAAAGGGAAUUUCCUAUUUAAAUGCCAGAGUUGCUGAUCUGAAAGCAUAGCUGAUUUAGACAAUUUUUAGAGUAUUUUAACCUUAAAUUUGAAAUUCCCUUUGAUACUCACUUUAGUUAAUAACCACAUAGGAAUUGUGGAAUCCUUAACAUAUGUCCCAGGCUGUCUGCGAUUAACAGGAGUUAGAACCCUGAGGCACUGCUAUGACUGGCAGUAGCUCUCAUGAAAGGGUUACUCCAGUCAUUAUAAUCACUUCAGCCUGCUAUGGUGGCACUGCUAUGGUGGUUAUGAUACCAGGAGCACCCUGGCCCAGUUUACUUUAAUGGGGAAAACCGUUUGCCCCUUAUCUGGGCCCCCCACAUCCCUGGGCUCAAAGGAUCCCUGUUGGUCUGGUGACAAACACCCAGCUCCUGCAGAGCCACAGAAGCUGGAAGCUGUAGUCUGGUGAUGUGCUUCUAUUUCUGGGCUGGCCGAAGACCACCUAAUGACCAUGCUGGAGGUAGCCCUACAGCUCUGGCAGCAGAGGGGUUACACUUAUAAUCAAACACUGCACAUACAGAUUUGAGGCACCAUGACCACUUCAAAUCACUGGUGGUGCUUGCCAUGACCAUUACAUUUUUCCCUUUUUCAUUAAUAAUAUACUGUGAAAGGUGCAAGAGAAAGAGUAAUAGUCUGUCUUUUUCUCUCCAGCCCUAGUCUAAACAUAUACUAUGGAACAUGCUCUGAUUUACCCAGGACUCUAUCAAAGUAAUAAUAACAAACUCUCUGCUUUUCCAGAAAAUUAAAAACAAUGUAUUGAGCAUAAGCCAAUAUGAAUGUUGUGAAUCUCCCCAUGCACAACAAAAAGAGCUCCUCUCUCCAAUCUUUAGAGACGUUAGGAUGGUGGUAAUUGGAUGACUUAUUUAUCUUAUAUUUAUACCUUUAAAAACAUCAUUGCUUUUUACUUUCUGCAUUUUUCACAUUUUGUUUUACUAUCAUUAUGUUCAAUUUCUACUGUGUUGAGAAUGCUUAGCUUGUUGGUUGUGAAUACAAACUUGGAGAACAAACUGUAAACCACAAACGCACAGUAGGAAUUGGGCUUUGGCCCUUACAUGAGACAUGUUUUGAUGCUUACAUGACAGUCCCCCUCAUGAGUGAUCUUUCAGACGUUUCUGUGACUUGAUCUAACUUGUAGGUGAUGUUUCUAUUAAGCUAGGAUUAGUUAGAAAAAAAAAAAAGAGUUUUCACAGAAUGUACCUGUCAGAGCGCCAAACAAAGGCUGUUUUAUGUUUUACAUCUGUUCGGUUUGCAGAACUGACUGACAGGUCUUUAUUCUUCUAACACUCACCGAAGGUUAAGUCACUAAACUCUGCCUUUGGUAGCUGACGUUUGAUCAUUCUCAAUAGAAAACACAAUUGAGUCUUGUAUUCAAACUGAGAAACAUACAGAUAUGGGGCAAAUAUUUUGGGUUAGGGAUAGUAUUUUGGGCUGGGAUUCACAUAUAUAGUUAGGAGUAUGUUUAUAGACUGAUCUGCCAUAACAUUAAAACUAGCUGCCUCAUACACAGCUCUAAUUCAUCGAGGCAGGGACUCCAUACGACCUGUGAAUGUGUCCUGCAAGUUGUCCAAUGUGGCCUCCAUGGAGCUGAGUUGUUCUUUCAGCACAUCCUAAAGAUGUUAAAUUGGAUUGAGUUCUGGGGAAUUUGGAGGUGAUGGCAACACCUUAAACUAUUUGUCAUGUUCCUCAAACCAUUCCUGAACAAAGUGUGGCACGGUGUAUUAUCUAGGCAGGUAGUACAUGUCAAAGUAACAUCCACAUGAAUGCUUGAAUGUAAGUUUCCCAGCAAAACAUUGUCAUUAGCAUAACACUGCCUCAGCUGGUCUGCCUUCCUCCCAUAGUGCAUCCUGAUGCCAUAUCUUCCCCAGGUAACGUACACAUGGACUCAACCAUCUUCCUGAAUUAAAAGAAAAUGUGAUUCAUCAGACCAGGCAAUCUUCUUCCAUGUCUCCAUGAUUCAGGUGUGACAUUCAUGUACCCAGUGAAGGCACUUUUGGUGGUGGAAAAAGGUAAUUAUAGGAACUCUGUCCAGUAUGUGGCUUAUGCACCAAAUUGUGAUUCACUGUUUGUUCUGACACAUUUCUAUCAUGGUCAGCAUUACAUUUUAAGCCAUUUGAGCUCCAGUAGCUCUUCUGUGUGAUCGAGCUGUGACUAGACAAGGUAGCCUUCACUCCCCAUGUGCAUCAAUUUGCCAUGGGCACCCAUGACCUUGAUGCCAGUUAAACGGUUGUCCUACCUUGCACCAUUUUUGGUAGGCACUAACCACUGCAUACAGGGAACACCCCACAAGACUUGCCAUUUUAGAGAUCCAGUCAUCUUGCAAUCACUGUUUGGCCCUUGUCAAAGUCACUCAGAAUUUUUUUCUUGCCAAUUUUUCGUGCUUCCAACAAUGAAAUUCAAGAACUGACUGUUCAUUUGCUGCCUAAUAUGUCCCACAACCCUUUGACAGGUGCCAUUGUAACCAUAUAAUCUAUUAUCACAGACAAAAAAGGUGUAAAAAUGGCGCGAUAAAUAGAACAAUAAAUAUAUCCCAGUGCGUCUCAAACCACACAAGUGUUAUGUCACCUUAAACACUUACAAACAUAAAGUUUGGAUAAAAGAGAGAGGUUGGCGCACAUGAUGGAUAGCUUUGCAAUAAUCUGUAAUAAAUAGAACAGAACCUUCAUAGGGCAACAUAUAUAAAAAAUAAUCAAAUAUAAGUGUAACUGGAAGUACUCACAAUUUUGAGAGCCAUAUAAGUCGGCUCUCUACUGUAGUAGUAUGUAGGUAGUUUCAAUACGACAAAGAGCCGCAAUGAUGGUGGUCCCCCAGGAAAAGGAAAACUUGAACUCUGCCUGGAUAGAAGUUCAGGAACCAAGGAUAGCUAAAAUAGCUCUUUAUUAGAUAAAGGUAAACAUAAAAAGUACUAGCACAACGCGUUUCGACCAAUACACUGGUCUUCCUCUGGGGGACCACCAUCAUUGUGGCUAUUUGUCGUAUUGGAACUACCUACAUGCUACUACAGUAGAGAGCCGACUUAUAUGGCUCUCAAAAUUGUGAGUGCUUCCAGUUACACGUAUAUUUGGUUAUUUUCUUAUAUAUGUUGCCCUAUGAAGGUUCUGUUAUAUUUAUUACAGAUUGUUGCAAAGCUAUCCAUCGUGUGUGCCAACCUCUCUCUUUUAUCCAAAAUAUAAUCUUUUAUGCUAUAAUGCUAUUUACUACCCUGUCAGUGGUUUUAAUGUGGUGGCUUUUCAAUGUAUAUAGUGUUAGAAGUCAAAUGUAUGGUUGUAUGGAUAAGGUUAGGCUAAAGGUUAAGCCAUAUAUUUAGAAAUUAAAGUUAGAGUUCAAAGCUGCUAGUUAAAUCAGAGUAUUUCAGACAAUACCAAAACAUCUCCAGUAUAUAAUAUACCAUGUGUUAAUACUUAAAAAUAAUGAUCUCUAAUAAAAUGUAUGGUAUCCUUUUUUAUAUUGACUUUCCUUGUUUUCCAUUUUCUUUGUAUUUUAUUUAUUUAUAAACACACAGAACACAGUUUUGAAACAGUAGAAAGCAAUAUGUUUAUAUGACAUACAGUAUGGAAUGGAUUUCUUUGUAGAUAUAGAUAUAUAUGUUCCAGUUGUGUUAAUGUUGGCUGGUAGUUCAUAUAAGUGACCUUUUUGGGCCUGCUUUAAUCUGUUAGAGCAUCUUGGCAGAUGUUCAAGGCAUUUUCCAAUGUGUAAACACUAUUAAUAUCUAAGAAAAUAUUGAAGAUACACCAAUAUCCCACAUUAUCACAGGAAACCGCUACCAUUAACAUCAAACGUUUUUUUUAUUGUAGAAAGCUUUAACAAAUAUAUCACACACUGAGCAUUGGUGUAAAUGCAAAUAAAAGGACAUUGGAUUCGUAAGAAUCCUAAGCAGGUCAGCCCUCUUUUCCCUUAAUUUCUAAAUUCUCUAAUCCUUAUUCAAAACAAUAUUAUAAGUUCAAAAGUCCAGUCUUCCACCAUGAUGUGCAUAUCUUGGAACUUGUUCUAUUUGUCACAUGUUCAACAUCCGUAAGAUAGCACAAAUUCCUAAAAAGUUGAUUUAACAUUCGUUUUUUCUCCAUAUCCAUUAACAUGGUUUCCAAGUUUUUAAAACACAACAUCUGAAGCUGGGGGGCGCGGCAGGGUGUUCAACCCAUAAAGAAUCUGGUCUGGACUCCAAAUGUACAUAGAAAAAAAGGAAAUUGGGGAUACACUAGGAGCAUGCAGUUCUCAGCAAUGGUGAUUCCAUAGAAAUAAAAAAAAGUUUAAAAUUUACAAAGUUACUAAGAAUCCCCUAUCUCAGCAAACAAAUAUGGGGAUUCAGUUCCACGAAAUGUCCAUAUCGUGUUAAGCCCAUCACUACGCAAUAAUACCCCAAUAUCAGUAGGUUCCACACUAAUUUUAAUGUAAGAAACAAAUUAAAUAGUUUGCUAAUAAUUAAAGAAACACAAAUCUGUAUUCCUAAACUAUAGCGUCCCUGUAUCUAUAGUGUCCCCCACUUUUUCCAAUAGGAUUAACAAAAUAUAGGUUUUACUCACCUUUUUCCAUGGGUAAGACUCCCUUUACCCUGCUCACCUCUCCAUCUGCUGCAAAUUCAUCAAGAAGGCAUGGCUUCCUCCAGUGAUGGUUCAAUCGCUGCUCACACAUUCAAUGCUUUCUUAUGAGAUUCCAUGUCAAUUGACCGAGUUUUACGCAGUCAGUGUAGUAGAAACUCCUCAAAUGUCAGUGUAGCAGGAUACCUGGUAACACGACCGGUUACCUCCUCUAGUUCCCUUCCUUCAGCUGAUCAGGAACUCUUAUAUGGUUAGGGGAUUUAGCACACAUUGCUAGAUAGUCCCAGGUCCCUACUAGGAUCCCUGCAAAUAGCGGGGCGAUCAAAUGUACAGAGCCCAAGAAAUAAUUGUCUAAAGUUUGGAGCUCGCGGCUCUCUACACCCACGAAAUUAGUUUCAUGAAGUUGCUUGGUUUCGUCUGACGAAUUCAAACUUAAUGCCUAAACCAAUCAUCAAACAAUCAGCUGAAAGGCACAAAACCUAAUUGCGCCAAUCAGCUCGCAGUGUGGAGAAGAGUUUCGCCGCCCAAUCAGGUGAAAGGGCGUGAAAUUCAAUUACACCAAUUGGCACUCGGGGUGGAGAGGGAUAUUGCUGGCCAAUCAGAAGAAUGGGCGCGAAAUCCUGUUUGACAGAGCGCUUGUUCUCUGAUUGGUCGCCUGCGCCACACAGCGACCAAUCAGCGCCCAGUGUUUGUGCCAACCAAUCAGGAAAAUGGUGCAAACCCAGUUUGAAUGGGCGCGCCCUCUCCCAUUGGUCCAUACAAACUUCCAUGCAGCCAGUGGGACUCUGUGCGUAUGCCGGUUGGGAUACGAAUGCUGCCUCUACAUGCGCCGCUUGUUUCCUUUUCGGUUUGCGGUUUUCGCACCUCAUUACAAGGUGUGAACGUUCUAAACAGACAUUCUAAAUUAGGUGUCGGGUUAGUUCCCGUUCGCUAGCCGAACAGAACCCGUUCGUAUGAGCUCUCCCGAACUGGAAGCAGGUAAGACACACGAAUACAACACAACUACAUAUAAAUACAUGGGGAAACACAGAGUAGAAGGGAAAAUCGGAAGAAUAAACAUUGGGAACACAAAAUACAAGGCCAAAACAUAUGAAUACCAAGUGGGCAUAGCACUUAGUGGCGGUGGCCCGCCACAGUCAGUAGUCAAGUGUCUUUGUUGGAAUAUGUAUACUUCCAAACUUGAUUUUGGCUGGUGCCCCAACUUACUGCUCUCCAGAGUUGUUUACACAAUAACUGCAAAAUAGAUAUUUUAUUUAUGGACUUGUUAUGUGUAAAAUAAAAACUGAAAUUUCACCAUCUACCACAUUAUGUACAACACACUACAUCCACCACAUCUCGUACAAACAAACUACAUCCACCACAUCGUGUACACACACUACAUCCACCACAUCUCGUACAAACACACUACACUACAUCCACCACACCUCAAACAAACACACCAUAUCCACACGAAAUGCAAUAUAUAUAAAUAGAUAUUUUAUUUAUGGACUUGUUAUGUGUAAAAUAAAAAUUGAAAUUUCACCAUCUACCACAUUAUGUACAACACACUACAUCCACCACAUCUCGUACAAACAAACUACAUCCACCACAUCGUGUACACACACUACAUCCACCACAUCUCGUACAAACACACUACACUACAUCCACCACACCUCAAACAAACACACCAUAUCCACACGAAAUGCAAUAUAUAUAAAUAGAUAUUUUAUUUAUGGACUUGUUAUGUGUAAAAUAAAAAUUGAAAUUUCACCAUCCACCACAUUAUGUACAAACACACUACAUCCACCACAUCUAGUACAAACACACUACAUCCACCACAUCGUGUACACACACUACAUCCACCACAUCUCGUACAAACACACUAUAGCCACCACAUUGUGUACACACACUACAGCCACCACAUUGUGUACACACACUACAUCCACCACACCCCAUACAAACACACCAUAUCCACACUAAAUGCUAUAUUGCCACACAUCCCCAUUAUGUAUACUUACUACACCCCCCUGUACUGAAACAACCUGGUCCAUAUUUACAGAAAGCCUACAGCUUUCUGUAAAUAUGGACCAGGUUGUUUCAUUUUUUAUCUUAAAUUCCUAGUGGAAAUAUAUGGGUGUGUCUUAUAUUCUGGAGCGUCUUAUAUAGACAAGUAAUGUACAGUAAUCUUUCAUUUUGAGUAUUAUUUAAAACUGAGGGCAGUUUUCCUGCAAGUCAUUAUGCAGAUGUUUGAAUGGAACUUCACAAUGCUACUGAGCAAGUUUCAUAUAACACAGUGCCAGAGGAAAUCCAUUAAUUAAUAAUAGCCAUUAAUAAUAUUCCAUAGGAAAUGCCAUGAUUAUUUGUUGUGGAAACAUGUGAAUGCUACAUACUGCUAGGGAACACUCGUCACGUACUGCCCAACAUCGUGCAGAACUUAAUAUUACAGAUAGCCAAUCUUUCCAUGGUGGAAGUUCUAUGUUAAAUGUGAAUCAAGAAUGUAUCAAGUGCAUAAUAUUAAACAUUUCAUAAUUCACGAGAGAGAGAGAGAGAAAGAGAGAGAAUGAGAGAGACAGAAUGAGACAGCAAAGAGGGAGGGAAGAAAAAUAGUGGAUAAAGGGACGUUGCCAAAAAGCUAUUUACAGGCCACUGCUAGUAAAACCAUGGCAAUCGUGGUCGUAAUCGAGCCAAAGGUCAGUGGGUGAAAGGGAUUUCUGUUAUACAGAGCAGAUUAAAAUAUAAAAGAGCCAAAAAAUUCAGAAGCAGCAAAACGUCAGUGCUUUCACAAUUCAGAGUCUACACUAGCGAUAAGAUAAACUGUAUUAAACACUUAGCUCAUUCAUACAAUGUCCCCAGCAGCUGGGAACUUUCACCCACAUUACACUGCAGUCCAUUACUCUUUACAAAGUACACUAUUAGAAGCAGCACAGCUUCUAUCUCCCUGAAGCACAUUCCCUGAAGACUAUUCACCAGCAGGUUCUAUUUCCGUGGAGUGGCAGAACCAGGUAACAAACUGACUGUCUGAUCAUAAAUGCCCAGAUUUACUGUUUUACAUUCAGAUUCUGUGCGUUUUGUUUAUAACAAUGAACUGUUGUGAAUCAGAAGCAAACUGUAACAUUUAGGCCACAGUAAUCAAGCUAACAAGAAUUUUAUUAAAGACACGGAGGCUCCUAUUAUGCUUCUCUUUCUUUAAUUCUCCCUCAGCAGCGAAGAGAGAUAUAUGCAAAUGAGAGAAAAAAUAACAAUAACAUUAGCAUAUGGAACAGAGCUCAUAGGUAUCCACCCCCUUAGUAUAUAAGGUGUAGCACUCCAUGCUUCUUCCUCUUUCUUCGCUGCUCCCUCAGAAGAUAAGUACACUCUCAUAUUAUUAUUUCUAUGUGUACACUGUGGGAUGUCUCAGAGGAUAUUAUAUAGUUGUUAGAUUUAUAUCUUUGUGUUACUACUGUGGGGAUACUCCUUAUCUGGUUUAUCCCUCCUUUUUUUUCUCUGUUUUUCUUCCCACUUCUUCUUACACUGCCUGUUUUAUCUCUAUUGCCUGUGUUUAUUUUACUGUGGCCGGUCCCUCUCUGUUCCCUGGGUAUUCAUACAAUUCCCUCCCCCCAGCCCCCUCCCUCCGGUUGGGGCUCCCUCCCCGGUCACAGUCUGCCGGUUUUGCGCCGGGGGGACCCAUCGGUCAACCCCGCGGCAUUUCCCGGCACUAUUUUCAGCACCGCCGGCCGGACCUACUUUCGUCCGCGCGGCGAUUCGCUUUACUUUAGUUCCCGCCGCUCGCACGCACCGCGCAUGCGCGGUAGCUCGCGGCGGCCAUUUUCUUGGUUUCUGGUCGCCGUUUUAGGCGGCGGCCAUUUCCUCUACUCGGUUUUUAGUGCCGUUUGACCCCUCCCUCACCGGAUUUCGUUCCGGCAGCCCCCCCUACUAGUACAGUUUGAUUUCUCUGCAUUUAUAUUUUGGAAUUACCUUCCAUCUCCCUGUACUUUCCAUCCUGUACCUGGGUUAAUCAAUCCUAGUACUCUGCAUUUACACUUUAUUAUUUUCUAUUUGUUAUUUUCCCACUUGCACUCUAUUACCUACCAUGCAAUCUGGUGAUAAAUUCCCUGGCAAACAUAGCCCCUCUAUGGCUACUACUGAUCCUGAUCCUCAGGUCGACCCUGGGCUCAUGGGCUCUGAGGAAUUCCAAUCCCUUCUGGACACCACCAUGUCCAAAUCUAUUUCAAAGGCCAUAUCCUCAGACAUGGGCGCGAUGUCCUCUACCAUCUCGGACUCCAUUACGCAAGCGCUCAAACAGGUACAACCUCACUCUACCCCAGCCUUGACCCAUACCCCUCCUGAAGGGAGACUACCAGGGCGCAAAGCGCUAACCAAACGCAGACAUUCACAAGACCCCCCCCCCAUGCAGGUUGACCCUGCUCUGAUUGACAUGCCUCAGGCUGUCCAUGAUGGCGCGCAACAACCGCGCAAUAGAGCUUCUGGGCGAGCUACGGCUACCAGAGACUGGAAAAGGGCUAAGGCCCAUGAUAUACUGUCUGACUCAGACGAGGAGGGGGAUGAGGGGUCUGACGCCCCGUACUCUGACCCGUACGAGGACGAGCUCUCAGAGGGUGAAAGCCUCCAGGGAAAGCAGUUCCCCUUGACACCAACGCGUACCCCUGCUCAUUCAGGGGCGCCCGAGGCAGAAACAACCCGCGACCCUAAAGAGGUUCCGCUAUUCGACCCUGACAACUUACGGCACCCACGCUCUGCCGAGUGGGAACCAUCCGAGCACAUCAGCCGAUACCUAGCCCUCAGGGUACGUAAGUCCCUUUCUCAAGAGAGCCGUAAUAAAUUGAGAGCGGAGUGCCCCCGACCCAUAAUUCCUGAUGCUGUGGCAAAAACCCCAGAAGUGGACCCCCAGAUAGCCCAGUUUCUAGCCAAAACCGGCUGGAAGGCCAAGAGGGGACUGGAUUACUCCCUCCGUAAUUGUCAGGACAAGUUCCUAGACACUCUGGGUCCUGUCACUAAGCUGUACGAACUGCUGGAAGCAGCUCAGUCGGGUGAGGCACCAGUAGACUUUGAAGUAGCGUUUGGCUGGCUCCAACGCUUGGUCUGCAUGAUCGGCAAUGCCAAUACUGCCAUGUCAACAGAACGCAGGAAAGCCAUCCUGCUGAAAAUCGAACCCAAGCUGGCUAGUAUGGCCUCCUCUGAACCAGGGGCCGCGGCUAAGGGUCUGUUGUUUGGCGAAUCCUUCGUCAAAGACCUGGGCUCCUAUGUCAAAACAUUCACGGCGCUGGAUAAAGCCCAAUCAUCCAUGAAGAGGGUCUUCCACCAAAAGGUUUUUGGUGGGGCCGGUAGAGGUAGGAGCCGUCUAUCCGGCCGCAACCCCCGGGGUUUCUCAAGACCGGGCAGAGGCUCCUCCAACACACAGAGACAAAACCAGGAGCGUUCCUACACUCCGUUCUUCCCUUCUCGAGGAAGAUCUUGGAAUGCCCGUGGCGGCAGAGGAACGACCCCAGGAAAACGCCCUUAUGGUGAGUACGAUUUUUCCCCAUUUUUCCCAUAUAAAUGUGGGGGGCAGACUGGCUUUGUUUUCUCAGACUUGGGCCACUAUCACGUCCGACAGUUGGGUACUGCAGACUGUAGAGGGUUACCACCUAGAAUUGACGGGUCUUCCCUUUCAGGUUUCCUCCCACGUGUGCCACACAUGCCACAGUCCCACUACGACCUCAUCUCCACGGAGAUAGAGACCUUGUACAACAAAAAUGCCAUAGAAGAAAUUCCUCUAGAUACCCCAGGUUUUAUAAGCAACCUGUUCUUGGUGCCGAAGAAAGGCGGGGGUGUUCGCCCAGUUAUCAACCUGAGACCCCUCAAUGCCUUCAUACAAUAUCGGCAUUUCAAAAUGGAGGGCAUACACUGCCUCCGAGACCUCCUUCUCCCAGGAGACUGGAUGGUGAAACUCGAUCUGCAAGAUGCAUAUCUCACGAUCCCGAUAGCACCAACACACAGGAAUCUGCUACAGUUCCGGUGGGGCACAAAGAAAUGGCGCUUCUGUUGCCUCCCUUUCGGGCUCUCCUCCGCUCCCUGGUGCUUUACGAAAGUGCUGAAACCAGUGGUAGCAUUUCUCAGGUUACACGGGAUUCGCCUCAUUAUCUAUCUGGACGAUAUCCUCAUAAUGUCUGGGACACGAUCCCUUCUGCUGUCUCACCUGUCGUGGACCCUUCACCUCCUGCAGAACCUCGGUUUCCUAGUGAACUGGGAGAAAUCGGUAUUACAACCUUCUCAACAGAUGGAAUUCCUAGGAUUCCGAGUCGAUUCUGUACAACAAAUCCUGUGCCUCCCUUCAGACAAGAUGUCCAACAUCAAGAAGGAGAUCAGGAGGAUAAUGAACCGUUCGGACAUUUCUCUAAGACAACUGGCUCGGGUAAUCGGCUUACUAGCGGCCUCUAUACAGGCGAUCUUCCCGGGACCGCUCCACUAUCGGGCGCUACAACGCCUAAAAGCUUCCUGCCUAAGGAAGGGUCAGUCGUACGAAUCCAACAUCACGCUGGACGAAGAAUCCAGGGAGGAACUGGACUGGUGGCUAACCCACAUGGAAGCGUGGAAUGGACGGGCGAUCUUCGGUUCCACUCCAGACAUGAUAAUCGAGUCGGAUGCAAGCUUACAUGGCUGGGGCGCGCGCUGCGGCUCCAUAUCCACAGGAGGCAGGUGGUCAGUAAACGAAUCAUUCCUGCACAUAAACUCACUGGAACUACUGGCGGCCUCAUUUGCCAUUCGCAGCCUCACACCCAGGGGCGUCUCAUGCUCGAUCCUCCUCAAGUUAGACAACAUCUCGGCAGUCAGGUACAUAAAUCAUCUUGGAGGUACCAAGUCACGCAUCCUAGCGGUUUUAGCUCGAGACUUCUGGCAUUACUGUUUACAAAACAAUGUGUCGGUGACCGCGGAACACAUACCAGGCCUGGACAAUUACACCGCAGACUGGAACUCCCGAUAUCUGAGGGAUUUAGGAGACUGGAAGCUUCAACCGAAAGUCUUCGCCAGGAUAGCUCGACUAUGGGGUCCCUUGAGUGUGGACCUCUUUGCGUCCAGACUGAACACUCAACUUCCUCAAUUUUUCAGCUGGCGACCGGACCCGGAAGCCUUGGCGACAGAUGCCUUCCUUCAGGACUGGACCGGGGGACGAGCAUACGCCUUUCCCCCGUUCAACCUGAUCGCUCGGACUCUAACAUACAUUCGACGCUACAGAACCUCGUUGGUCUUGAUAACACCGUGCUGGAGAUGCCAACCCUGGUUCCCUCACCUUCUGGAAAUGGCGAUCGACUUCCCACGGUUGCUACCGGAUCAAACGUCCCUGUUAACCAACCCGGAUGGGGAGAAUCACGACUUGAUAGAACGGGGAAUCCUCCGACUCAUGGCAUGGCUCCUUUCCGGGGACCCUGGGAAAUCGCGGAAGUUUCGGGAACAACUACCCGACUCUUGGCGAACGCCUGGGCACCGGGAACACGGCGCGCAUAUGCUACGGCAUGGAGAACUUGGUCCGAUUGGUGCCUGGAAAGAUCAGUGGAUCCCAUAUCAGCUUCUGUAAAGACGGUACUGGACUUCCUCACUCAAUUGUUCGAAUCGGGCAAGGCAUUCCGUACAGUCAACAUCUACAGGUCUGCUAUCUCAGCAGGCCAUGAUACGGUGGACGGGAUCCCUCUCGGUCAGAACCCCCUGAUAUGUCGCUUACUCAAGGGUAUACGUUUUUCACGGCCACCUAAACCCAGGUACGGAUCCUUUUGGGAUGUCAACAUAGUGUUCAAAUUCCUGGAAGACUGGCCCGACAACGCGGCACUGUCAAUCAAACAGUUGUCCGCUAAACUACAGAUGUAAGGGCUUUGGACUGGCUAGCCCGAUCAUUCACUCCAGAAGGGGUGUCUUUCGAUAUUUCAAGAAGAACUAAAUCGGCGACUAAACAAGUUUUCUAUCCACACCUCCCGCACCAACCAAAGCUAUGCCCAAUUCUGUGCCUAAAAGAAUACGAAACCCGUACUUCUUCCCUAAGACCGUCAAACUUCGGCCCGUUGUUCAUUUCACUAAAGAAACCGCAUCUACCAGUGUCCACACCUACUCUCGCCCGUUGGGCCAAAUGGUUAUUGGCCUCGGCCGGGAUAGACGUUACAAUUUUUUCGGCCCAUUCGGUCAGAGGCGCUAUGGCUUCUAAAGCUUCGACGGUAGGGUGCCGGUUAGAAGACAUCCUUAAGGCCGCAGACUGGUCUACGGAAUCCACAUUCCGGAAUUUCUAUUUUAAACCAAUCCAACAUUUUUCGGAAAGAGUCAUUGCUCAGCUUUGAAAGAGCAUAAUAGGAGCCUCCGUGUCUUUAAUAAAAUUCCUAGAUUUUACUAUUAACAUGACGUAAAGUCAUGAUUUUAUUAAAGACACGGAGGCGAGUAUUAUUCCCUCCCACCCUCCCUGGGUGGAGGGAUUGGUUUUUUCUCACGGAUACCAACCACAGAUCAGGUGGACUCCUACAAUGUAGAUACCUGUAGGUGCGCUCAUACGUCUCUCAGGUAGGUGACUUUGUGAUAUAGUAGACAUAAUCUUAUAUUACCUUUUGAUAUGUCGACAUGACUACUACGUUAUACGACUUAGUUUUUACCUACAUGAAGUUACAUGAUGCAACCAGUUGCCGACCAUAUAUUACCAUAUUUUCUCCUCUCUUUUAGCCUGAAUCAUACUGUCAAAGUGGUGAUUUUCCGUUACAAAGCGUUACAGUCUAACCUCAAGGAUUGGACAUUACCUUUCGCCCACUGUUCCUGUUCGGGCCAAGUUACAGUUCGGUUAUGGAUCUGGUCUUCGGAUCACGGAAGAAAGAGGAAGAAGCAUGGAGUGCUACACCUUAUAUACUAAGGGGGUGGAUACCUAUGAGCACUGUUCCAUAUGCUAAUGUUAUUGUUAUUUUUUCUCUCAUUUGCAUAUAUCUCUCUUCGCUGCUGAGGGAGAAUUAAAGAAAGAGAAGCAUAAUAGGAGCCUCCGUGUCUUUAAUAAAAUCAUGACUUUACGUCAUGUUAAUAGUAAAAUCUAGGAAUUGCUGAAUAGUUUUCCUGGCACUUUUAUACAUUUUAAUAAAUAUACACACAAACACGUUUUCAGUUCACUCCAAGUCUUUUUAGAACACUAUAUAAGUAUGUAUUCCUAAAACUAUUGUGUCACCCCUACCUAUAUAGGUGUCACCCUGUAAGGUAAGAUUUGCUCACCUUAUAUCCCGCGGCACGCUGGUCUCCGGGCAGAAGCUCAGCCUCCUUGGCUGGGAUUAACAGGAUUGAUGAUCUCAGUCAAUCCAAUGUUUCCCCAUGGCAAAUCUAUCUGAUUGAGCAACUGAGUUCUACUUAUGACGUAAACAACUCUAGAGUCUGUCGGAAAGAUUGCCACUAGAGUCAAUUUAAAGCGGCACUGUCAUGCCAAACUUACCUUUCCUCAAUCUCUUCCUCUUCUCCCCCUCUCUCAGGAUCUGUUCUUCUUUUCUUCCUGUCUUCUUUAAAAUCAUAAGACAAAGUAGGGACUCUUUGCCUUAUGGAGGAUUCCUCCGCUUGACCAGCUCUGACCAGCGGAGGAGCAAAGUGUGCUUCAUUUCCGCUGGUCGGAGCAAUUUUCCCAUAAUUCUUACCUUCCCUCUGUGUUCCCGCGAUGCUUCCUGUCAUUUUACACAAAACUGCCGAGUUGCGUUCUAACUGAAUAGGAACAGUAUGUUCGUUUCUUUUAGAACUCAAUUCAGCAUUUUGUUCGGAUCGCAAUUUCAUUCGAAUGAAUGAAACUCCGAUCCUAUUCUUGCUGUGGCUGCAUCUUGCAGCCACUUAGUAGAUAACGCCCUAAUUCCCACGGUAUCAGGGAGUUAUCUACUAAAAGGCUGAAAGACCUAAAUUGGUCUUUCAGACACAUUUACUAAUACUAAGUAAAGAUUACUUAGUAUAAGUAAAUGCUGCCCCUACUCGCUAUACCGCGAGUAGGGGCAAGUCUAGUAAACAGCUGCUCACUGUAAAAAAAACAAAAAAAACUAUUGGCCCCCACCCCUAAAGACGGGUGGGGGUCCUAAAGUAAAAUAAGGGGGGAGACCUAUUGUCCUCCCCUGGGCGGCGGGUGGGGGCCAUAAAGAUAAUGAGGGGGGGGACCUACUGUCCUCCACCCCCGGGGGGUGGGGGCCAAAUCAUAAUGACGGGGGGAACCUACUGUCCACCCCCCCUCCAGCGCCCACCCCUGGGUGGGCACCAUAAAGAUAAUGGGGGGGGACCUAAAGAUAAUGAGGGAGGGGACCUACUGACCUCCCUCCCCAGCCCCCACCCCUGGGCGGCGGGUGGGGGCCCUAAGUCAAAUUCACAACCCCCCCCAUCAAAGGUGACUAGGGGUCCCCAAGCCUCUACAUAAUGCUGCUCCCACCUUAUACACAAGUAUGUCCCGUCUAGGCCCUUACGAUCUGCUGAAGGCUUACGUCUAUCUUCUGCUCGUACUCCCAACCUCUGAUGCUCGCCUUCAAGAUUUCUCGAGGGCUGCACCGUUCCUGUGGAACUCGCUUCCCUCCUCCGUUAGAUGCUCACCCAGUCUCCACUCCUUCAAAAAAAUCAUUAAAAAUCCACUUCUUCAUAAAAGCGUAUGAAUUAAACUGUUAAUAGCUCCUGACUGAUUCCUCUUCUGCAACUGUCACUAGUCUAAUACUAUCCUUACCUUUUUGUGUCGUUUUACCCCACUCUCUCUAGCAUGUAAGCUCAUUGAGCAGGGCCCUCAACCCCUCUGUUCCUGUGUGUCCAACUUGUCUGGUUACAACUACAUGUCUGUUCGUCCACACAUUGUAAAGUGCUGCGGAAUUUGACGGUGCUCUAUAAAUAUCAUAAUAAUAAUAAUAAUAAUAAUAAUAAUAAUAAUCAUCACUACAGGGAUUGCUAUGCUUUUCAUAGUUCCUUAGCUUCACUGCUAGCUCUUGUAAGAGCUCUCUCUUCAGCUAUGCAGCUAUACUCUUUUGGAGGAGAGACACAGCUAUACUCUCUUGGAGGAGAGGUCCUUCCCACACGCUCCUGGAUCCAGAGGUUGGAGCCCCAGGGUUUGCUGGGACAGAUGCUGCCUGCGGGGUCAGAUCUUUUGCCUCCGUGGGUAAUGUGUGGAGGGAAUAUCCCUGGUGGCUUUUGGCCCUGGUGGGCUCAAUGCUUGAGACUUAUCAGCUUGGUAUGUAGUUGUGCCGGAGGGUGGCUUACGGACCCUUUCUCGGCCCCUCUUCCGACCAUAUUCCCGGUGCUCUGUUGACACGGUGCUUCGGGCUUUAGUCGCACCCAGUAAUGGGUGGAGAUUGCUUACAGACACUUCAGCGUUUGGUCCAGUGCCGAGCACCCAUCUUGCGCUUCAUGCUGCUUCCGGAGCUUAAGAUAAGGAGGCCUGUCCUCCAUUUUGAUAAGUAGCCUCAUGGCCUGAUCCCCGGCAGUAUCUGUGUGCGGUAAGCAGGAUGCGUGGAGCCGAGCAGUGGAGACCGGGAUAACCCCUGCCGGUCCAAAUCAGCAGUCUCAGCAAGGCUAAGGAACCAGGAGAGUGUCUGCCUCACCCCGGUUCAUGUGUGCGUGGGCCGCAAGCCUCUGUCUGGACUGCACGGAUUCGGGGUAGCUCAUGUCGGGUAUCACUGUGUGCUGCAGUGGUCCUCAAGCAUGAAUAUUGUAGUUUGGUGUCUGUAAAACGCAGGUAUUAGGGGUAUUAACCCCAAAAUCUGUUGUCAGACGUGGGAGCUCUUGCUGAGCACGUCUGGUCUGCUCAGCAGUCAGGCUCCUUACAGCUCUUUUUUAAUGGGGCUAUAUGAGCCAUUUACAUUGUGUUAAUUCAAAAUACUUGUAUCACAAGCUGAAAUCUCAGUUACUCGACUACUAAGCUUGCAAUCUGUUUAUAUGUGCUAUGAAUUUCAGCUCCAUGCUUUUGAGACAUAGCAGAUAUAACAGUGACAAGUAAUUUUCAGGUCUGGCUAGUAGCGUAGGACUUGAAAUGUGGAGCCCUGACAUAGACUGUAGCAGCAGGCAUGACUUUAGGGUAGAACCUGGUAUCAAGAAAGAUGCAAAAUGCUAAUUAUAUUGGCACAUGCAGUAACUCUGCUCACCAACUUAAGAAAACACCACCUUGCUGAACCCAAUUUUCAAAAGAAGGAUUGUACCUAUGAUAAUGGGAUACUGUUAGUUCUCAGGACUCCAAAUGAGACAUUUUCUCCUGUAGCUAAGCAAUCUGAACUUUGACCUGUAACAGAAUUUUCCACAACAAAAUUAUCGUAAAUACAGAAGGCGUUGAAAAGCUACAGAAUGGAAGCAUUCAGCUCAUUGGGUACUUGUUUGGUUCAAAUAUGUCAUUUCUGAAAACAUAUAUUAACAUUUAAUGUAGCAAAUCCAGUAACAGAGCAUCUAUGUGACAUGGUGCGAGUUAUAUUAUGUGUACACUCUUGUCCUUUAAACUAGAAAUCAUUUCUGAAUAUAUUCUUGUAAAUUAAAUUGUAAGUUAAGUUCUUGUAAAUUAGAUUAGGUUUAAGGUCAAUUCAAAAUGUAGUUUGAUUACUUAAAGGAACACAGCAUAACCUGUACAUGCCACUGUAGUGGCCUUAUUCCAGUCCAUUCCUGUCACCAUCGCAGAGGGCAGGUAAAGGAGAGUGUUACUUCCAUCUUGUCCUCUUUGGAGCCGAAGUCACUGCUUUCCAAUAAUAACGUGGCCACCAGGAAGGGAUUGCAAUCACGUGACUCUGAAGAAAGAAAAGGACACCUUACUUGAUCCUCAUAAGUAUAUGACCCAACAAGGGGAAAGAUGAACCACGUGAAUGUCAUGUGACUGUGGGGCUCACAAAAUCCAUAUAUCAAAGAUAUAGGCCAAAUCACUGCUAACAACAUGUUGGCAUGGUAAUGGAAAACUUUAUUGACAUUGUUCAUAUGCGCAUCAACGUGAAUUGACUGUUUACGGCACUCUCCACUGUGGAGACAAAGAGAAGGAAAGUGAAGAAUUAUCAUACCCAGGCUCAAUCCAAACACUGCAGCCACCGGAAUGUCCUGGCCUGGAGAAUGUCAUCCCUGCCCCCUCCACACAGUGGAAUAUCUCUAAACACUCCUCCUCCACCAGUGCACCCAGAGGAAUGUCUCUAAACCCUCCUCCUCCACAUAGUGCACCUAGUGGGAUGUCUCUAAAAGUCAAUGUGCAUAACUUUUCACCCCCGUAAAGUCAAUAGAACCACCUUUUGCGACAAUCACAGCUCCAAGUCGCUUUGGAUAAGUGUCUAUGAGCUUGCCACAUCUUACCACUGGGAUUUUUGCCCAUUCCUCCUUGCAAAACUGUUCCAGCUCCUUCAAGUUGGAUGGUUUGUGCUUGUGAACAGCAAUCAUUAAGUCUUACCACAAAUUGUCUAUUGGAUUGAUACACACAUGUACAGAUACUCCAGUCUCUGAUGUGGAACACUGCAGCUCCUCCAGGGUUACCUUAGGUCUCUGUGCUGCCUCUCUGACUAAUGCCCUCCUUGCCCGGUCCAUGAGUUUUGGUGGGUGGCCGUCUCUUGGCAGGUUUGCUGUUGUGCCAUGUUCUUUCCAUUUGGUUAUGAUAGAUUUGAUGCUGCUCCUGGGGAUCAUCAAAGAUUUGGAUAUUUUUUUAUAACCUAACCCUGACUUGUACUUCUCAACAACAUUGUCCCUUACUUGUUGGGAGAGUUCCUUGUUCUUCAUGGCAGUGUUUGGUUAGUGGUGCCUCUUGCUUAGGUGUGCAGCCUGGGGCCUUUCAAAAAAGGUGUGCAUGUGACACUAUAUUUGCAUACAGGUGGACAUAAUUCCUAAUUAUGUGACUUCUGAAGGUAAUUGGUGCAACCAGCUUUUUAUGGGCUUCAUAACAAAGGGGUGAAACAUACGCACAUUUUUCUUUUCUAUUUCUUAGUUUUUGUAUAUAUUUUCUCAUUAACUUCACCAACUUUAGACUUGUUCUGAUCCAUCAUAAAAUUCAGGUAAUAAAAUAAAAUAAAAAUAACUUAAAGGCUGUAAUGUAUAAAAUAGGUAAAAAGUCAAGAGGGUGAAUACUUUGCAAGGCACUGUAUCUCUAAACACUCCUCUGCACACUUUCAAAUCUUCCCCAAACCUAAAAUCCUUUAAGAGAUCCCUCUCUACAUACCUCAGAACAGAUUGCACCUGUCAUGGUUUAUUAUAUAUUUCCUACCUGUUCUAUGUUAAAUUUUGUAUUUAUUGUGUAUUAAUAUUGUUUUUGUAUUUUAUUGUACCCUAUUGUAUCAAUGCAAUGUUUUGUGGACCCAGGACAUAGUUGAAAACAAGAGAAAUCUCAAUGUUUCUUUUCUGGUAAAAUAUUUUAUAAAUAAACAAAUAAAAUAAAUAAAUAAAUAAAUACGUCAGCAAGUUGAAGUGUGUCAGGGAUUUGCAGAAACAACAUAACAGCUUUUUUGCCGUACCAUAAAGAAAAGUUAAAUAAAUAUGUGUGCCGGAUCCAUCAUGUUUUCCAGGACACAUACCACUUAUACAUGUGGAUGUAAAUGGAGGAAGGAGUGUGCACACUGAUACCAUGCAGACCUCGGUGGAGAUCGAAACAUUGCUUCAUUUUCCUGUAAUUCCAAUAAAGCUGCUGUACAAGUCACCAUAUGGAUGGGCAGUACGUGGGAAGUACUCUCCUGCAGUAUGUAGAAUCAAAGUGCUACAACCAGGAAAUAUAUUUAUUAAUCAGUGAGGAAUGAUUCAGAAUACACAAUGUGCAUAUUGCAGGGCAGCACUUUUCAUGUGGUGCACAUCAACAAGAAUAAAUUGUGUGUAUCCAAGGAAACACUGGGGAUCUGAGAACCUUGUACAACAAAUAAAUGGCACAUUUACCUUUGCUACUAUGGCUGCAGAGUCCAAUUUAAGAGUGUGGGAGGAGGGGAAAGAUUAGUUAGUUACACAGGCUCAGUCACUAAGGAGACCUGGGUGUCACAUUUCUAAUAGCACAGGGAAGGGUCUUUGUGGAUACAUGUAUCAGUGCUGCACGACUGGAAAAUCAGGAGUCAGACAGGAACACACAGACCGGGGGAGGAGAAACAGAGCGGAAGGUAAAUACUGUAGCACAUUGUGAGAACUCCUAUAACCAGAUUCAGUUGUUCUGUAUAACCAGGGUUUUAAUAAGCAGGUUAUUUGUAUCAAGGCUGACUGUGAGCUGCCUAAUAGCAAUGCACACAAUGUAUUCCUGAUGAUAUGUGACAAUGUUGCAGUCACACACUACAAUGUAAACAAACAUUCCAAAGAUGGAUACUCAUCCAGAUACUGAUAGCACUGAGGAGCCCUCCCCCCACCCCACACUUUUAUUGAGCAAAAGGCCAGAAGGACUGACACAUUGUACUAGUGAAAUGACUCCUAUGAGGUUUUCAGAUACUUUGUACAAAACAUUUUUGCUGGUGUUAUUGCAUCUAAAAAAAUGUUUUCGCAAAACUCAGAAUUGUAGCAAAUAAAGAGACACUAUAACCCUAGGAAUACUAAACCUGUCCUUAGUUACAUGUAGGUUCCACCCCCAUAGUUGCAAUAAAAUAAUUAAAAUAAAAGUUGUUCUUGCCUUUUUGCAGCGCCGAUGCUCCCUGCUCACCUCUGCGCCUCCCAUGACCUCAUCGAGGAAGCAUAAUCUCUUGCGACAAUAGUCCAAUGCAAUGCUUCUCAUAGAGGAGCAUUAGGGACCUGAAGUGCAUGUGUGGAUAGCACCGUGCACUCAUCCAAGCUUCCCAAUGGGAAAGCAUUGUAGCAUUGUAUGUGACCGAAUUUUACUUAGUGCAGCAGAAGCGCCUCUAGUGGUUCUCAGGAAGACAGUCACUACCAAGGUUAAAAGGUAAGGUCCACUGAACAAAGACCACUUCACUGAAAUAGAGUGAUUUGGGUGACUUUCCUGUCCCUUAAGGAUUCAAAUGGCAAAAUGUAGGCAAAAUAGACACGCUGUUGCUAUAUAUCUGUUACCAGAUUGCUGCCUCUUGAGUUUUGUACAAUUGAGUUAAACAGCCAUCAAGUAACAAGACCGGUUGUCAGAUUAACUGCCAGUGCGGCGUAAUAAGGUUAAUUUAUAAAAGUGCCAAUUUCUAUCUGCAUAAAAACAUAUAACAUACUCUUCACAAAUUAAGCAUUUCAGCAAACUAAAGUUCUUUAGGAGUCCGGAGUGCCCCUUUAAGAAGGUGCAGUGAUGCUACAAAGUGUGUUUUUUAAAGUGUAAACAUGUUCUUAUUAUUUUCAUUUCAGGGAUUACAGCGGAAUUAACAGCAUAUUUAAAGAGAAAUCUGAACACUCAGUAUGUGGGCCACUGUAGCUAAACAUUUAUUGAAGAGCAAAGUCCACAGCUGUGUGGCACACGCAUCACUGAAGGUUCAAAGGACCGCACAUUUAAAUGCAGGAUCGUCGCUUACGUUCACACGCUGGCAGCACAGGGCAGGAAGGGACGUUGAUGAUCAGACAGAUCACUCGGUGAUGAUGAUUCGGAAUGUUCAAGCUUUGGAUGCUGAGCGCUUUGUUUGCAUACAUUGGGACGAGGGAGGUCACAGCAUCUAUCCAUAUGUGUGGCUGAGGGAUAACUGCCAGUGUCCAGAAUGCUUCCUGCUGUCUGCCAAAGCGAGAAAACUUCCCAUUGAGGACCUGGAUGUCCAUAUAGGAGUGAAAGACGUUACCUUGACAAAGGAGCAAAAGGUAUCU